AACUCGCAAGCCUUCCUCUCACCUUCCCCUUGGAAAACAGAGAGACACAGAGAGAGAGAGAGAGAGAGAGAGAGAGAGAGAUGGGUUCAGAGAUGGAAAUGGUGGAUCUUUUGAAGGCUCAGAUGGCAUUCGAGGAGGAAGAGAACCUCUCUCUAAUGCAUCUCACCGAUUCUGGAACCGUUCUCGGUCUCGUUCUCGUUGACGUCGUCAAUGGCUUUUGCACCGUUGGUGCUGGAAACCUCGCCCCAACUGAGCCUAAUAAGCAGAUAUCGACGAUGGUUGAGGAGGCUGCAAGGUUGGCCAAGGUUUUCUGUGAUAAAAAAUGGCCUAUCUUUGCUUUGCUUGAUACUCAUCAACCUGAUAAGCCUGAGCCUCCAUAUCCACCUCAUUGUAUUAUUGGCACAGGAGAAGAAAACCUUGUUCCUGAGUUAAAAUGGUUGGAGAAGGAACCCAAUGUGACAAUCAAAUGUAAAGAUUGCAUCGAUGGAUUCCUCGCCUCAAUGGAAAAGGAUGGGUCCAAUACUUUUGCAAAUUGGGUGAAAACAAAUGAGAUCAAAGUUGUGUUGGUGUUAGGGAUAUGCACAGAUAUUUGUGUGCUAGACUUUGUGUGUUCCAUACUGUCCGGUCGAAACAUCGGACUUGUGCCUCCAUUGCAAGAAGUAGUAGUUUACUCGCGUGGAUGUGCCACAUACGAUUUUCCUGUCCAUGUUGCUAGAAAUAUAAAAGGAGCUUUCGCACAUCCUCAGAACUUGCUCCAUCACAUAGGACUUUACAUGGCAAAAGGAAGGGGUGCAAGGAUUGUGAAAAAUGUAUCUUUGGAUUCAACAUGCUGUAAAUGAAACCAAGCUUAGAUUGAACUGGAACAGAUGCUGCUUUACAAGGAAAUAUAUCAUAAAAUUUUAGCCAUGCAAUUUAUACCAAGGUAGUGUUUUGUUCUGCAUAUUUUUUUUUCUGAACCUGAUUGAUAUGUACAGCAUAUGAUUUUGCUGACUAAUAUUACUGUUAUAUAUGCAUAUUAUAUCUCUAGUUGUUACUUGUUA